CGCUUACAGACGCUCGCAGUGCUGGAGUGUUGCUAGCAUAGUCGGAGGAGGGGACUGGUAGGAGAAAGGGACUUGGCUAUUGUACGCGACGAGGUUACGCCUCCCUUGUCCCCACCUCCUCCAGUCCCCUCAGAUAUAUACUUGCUUCCCUCAGGGUUGUGGGGUGGCGUUUUUAUCCCCCCGCUCCUUCUGGAAUUUUCCUUCGGGUUUUAAAAAAUUAAUCCGGCUUGGUUUCCUCAGUGACUCAGACCAAUAUAUAUAUAUUUGUCUCCUCCUCCUUCAGCGUUUCCUCUUCAUUUUUCUUCUCACCAUGCGCGCGGCAGGGUCGGCGGCUGCGGGGACGGGCGCCGGGCCCUCUGGCGCUGCUGCUGGUGCGAACUCUGGGAAACAGCAGCCGGGCGGCGGGUAUGGGCGCUUCAGCGUCCUCAGCUGGGAGCAGGUGCAGCGGCUCGACCACAUCCUCGAGGAGGCCGUCCCCAUCCACGGCCGAGGCAACUUCCCUACCUUAUCAGUGCGGCCGCGCAGGAUCGUGCAGGUGGUUCGUAGCCGUCUAGAGAAGCAGGGGAUUGCUGUCCACAGUGUGAGACUGAAUGGCUCGGCAGCUAGCCACGUGCUACAUCAGGACAGUGGUCUGGGAUAUAAAGAUCUGGAUCUCAUUUUUGGUGUCGAUCUGAAAAACGAGGAUGUCUUCCAGCUAGUGAAAGAUGUAGUGAUGGAUUGUCUCCUGGACUUCCUCCCAGAAGGGGUAAACAAAGAUAAGAUCACUCCCAUGACUCUGAAGGAGGCCUAUGUGCAGAAGCUAGUGAAAGUGUGCAACGAAACAGACCGCUGGAGCCUUAUAUCCCUUUCAAACAACAGUGGGAAGAAUGUGGAGCUCAAAUUUGUAGACUCUCUCCGGCGGCAGUUUGAGUUUAGUGUAGAUUCCUUCCAGAUAAUAUUGGACUCGCUACUGCUUUUUGGAGAGUGUUCAGAGAACCCAAUGUCUGCAAACUUCCACCCUACUGUCACUGGGGAGAGCAUGUAUGGGGACUUUGAGGAGGCAAUGGACCACCUGAGGAACCGGAUCAUUGCCACCAGGAAUCCAGAGGAAAUCAGAGGUGGUGGGCUUCUGAAGUACUGCAACCUCCUAGUGAGGGGAUUUAAGCCCAAAUCAGAAGUUGAAAUGAAGGCACUACAGAGAUACAUGUGCUCCAGGUUUUUUAUAGACUUUCCUGACAUUGGGGAACAGCAGCGGAAGCUAGAGUCUUACCUCCAGAGCCACUUUGUUGGGAUGAAGAAUAAGCGGUAUGAUUGCCUGAUGACUCUACACAGGGUGGUGAAUGAGAGUACAGUGUGCCUGAUGGGACACGAAAGGAGGCAGACACUGAACCUCAUUGCCAUGUUGGCUGUGCGGGUCCUGGCAGAACAGAACAUAAUCCCAACUGUCACAAAUGUGACCUGCUAUUAUCAGCCAGCACCAUAUGUCAGUGAAAUGAAUGUCAACUACUACGUAACCCACAUGCAACCUCUUCUGCCUUGCAGUCACUCCUACCCAACUUGGCUUCCCUGCAACUGACCACCGAAAUGGCUCCAGUCCUUGUCCUCUGGGGAGCAGAGGCUGUGUGUUCAGAAGAAAAAUGAGUCUCUUUCUCAGAGUGUCUUCCUCCUACAUUGGAACUAAGUCUGCUGUAUAUUGUGGGCAGUUGUGCAGUGUUAUGAGUAGUUACCAGAAAUGUUUACAGUAAGAAAAUGCUUGAGUUUAUGUAUGGGAUGGGUGGAUAGGAUUAGGUUAAAGAGGUAGAGCUGCACUAUCUGAGAUGCAAGUUGAUUUUUUUUUUUUUAGUAUGCAAAGCAUCAAGGGCUGUGCAGACUCUGUUUCUGAAGAUAUGCCAGAGUGGCUGAUUCCUUUUAGGGGACCAAAGAUAUCCUAAUCAAGUGCCUGCAACAAUAACAAAAAAUGUACUGUAACCUUAAUUUUUUUUGUAGGGGUAGAACUCCCUAUUGGUUGUUCAGUUUGGGAUGUCUGUGAUGAAUGUUUGGGGCUAGGGUCACCUUAUCAUUUCUGUUGAGGGAACCGAAGUGGGCAGGGGUUUGCAACAGGAGCCAGUGUACCAUGGCUUGCUGUCUGUUGGACCAGCAGUAUUCAUUAGCAGUCAGAACAGAGUCCUAAGGGCAGGGUGAGGUGUGGGGGAGGGGAGAAGAUGGGGUUGCAUUCAUAGCAGCUGAUGUUUUGACAAGAUGGGUUGAUGUACAUAUGAUCAUGAAGGCUAAUAGAACAGGAACCUUCCCCCGAUGUAUUUUGUAUAGUACUAAAAUGUGCAGUGCCAAAAACCUAAGAUGUGACUUCAUGAAGGAAAGGAUCUAGAUGAGUGUUUGCUAUAUCAGUACACCAGGGAAAAGAGCAAACGUGGGAGUUCUAUAGGGUGUUUAAAAGGCUGCCUAACUUGUGUUGGAGUAAAAUGAGCUGGACGUGGCACACAAAUAUGGGCAGACAAGUCUGUUCUUGGUAUCAGUAGCAGAGCUGAGGUUAGGUCUUGAGCCAAGAGCCCUGGUCCUCUUAAUGAAGAGUAGCAGGUGCUAACAUUUAUAGCCCUGAGAGCUGCUGUUCUCUUCCUCUUUGGAUGCCUAUGUCCAGCUGCUCAGCUGUACAUCAGAGUAAGAUAGCAUUUUUUGUAGCCUAGCAAUAGGCUUCUCGUUUGACAGAGGAUUGAUGUGGAGAUUCCCAAGAUUGAUACUUCUCUGUGAACCGUGGAAGAGGGGUGGGAGAGAGCUGUUUGUAGCCAAACCUCUGUACCCAAGAGGCUUUUGGUGUCUUGUUCAAAUACAAGAGGGAUAGCCCACACAGUGCCCUCCAGAUAGUGCUGGACUACAACUCCAAUCAGCCCUAGCCAGCAUGGCCCAAUGGUCAGUAAUGCUGGGGGUUAGUCCAGCAGCAUCUGGAAAGCACCAUGUUGCCUACUGAAAUACACAAGCUUCUAAAGUAGCUAACGUAUGCAGCACAAUAGUCCUUUUUCCUGAUGUUUUUUGGAUUGCCUAGCAAUUCCUUGUGCAAUGUGUCAGUUCAGGUUAAUUUUUUUAUGCGUUUUUAGGAAGCUGAGGCAGUGAACACUAGCUUUUUGGCAGGCCUGCUUAGAAAGGGCUACAUGAAGAUGCUUCAUGGGGUAUCCUUGAAGGUCGACUUAUUUACUAAUCUGUUUCUUUGCAAAAAAAAGAAGCUGUACCAUAUUUGGGCAGGCUGAAAAAAAUGAAAUAAAAUAUAAUACUUGGGUUGUGUCUAGGUAAAAUUCUGCCUCUUCCUGGGAAAUGUGAGCUGGGUUGGCAAGACCAAGCUGGUGGUGUUUUUUUAAAGUAUGCUACCAUAUUGACAAAUGCCUGCUCCAGCUUUGCCCACUUCUGUCUUUCAGAACUCUUACCAGCUGAGAAGGGAAAACUGCUCAUUUCUUAAGAGGUCCAAUACUAUGUAAACGAGAGUUGUCCUGAAAAAUGGCUCUCAAAGAUAUUUCCUUACAUACCAGUAAAUUCUUCCAUGCGUCAAAACUUGUGGCUGCAGUGUCUUAUGUAAGGGGCUUUACCAAGUUUUUCCUUUUUCACUUGAGGAAAAGACUGCUUCUUGAUUGCCUCCUUUGAUAGCUGUUUGGUAUUUCACAUUUAAAAGGGGAGAACUGGGUUUGGACUAAAAGAGCACGGUUGGCUAGCAGCACUUUUUUUGGCAGAAAUAUGAAUGAGAAACGUAAGCUAUAGAACUGCCUCUUUAAAAACGUAAAUACUGUGUUUAAAAAAACAACUUUCCCUAUAACCCAAGGGUUUCCUGGAGGACUUUUUUAAUGCACUUUUGUGGCAUGGGGAUGUGUGUGGUGGAAUUCUUAUAAAUGGCUGCAUCAGACAAAUGCUGUGAUCAUGCUGUUCCUUUGUAUGCGUGGUGUUACCUGAAAGAUUUGAAAGAGCUUUGACACUUCCAGACUUGUGUUUGAAUGUGUUCUGCAGCUAUCAAACCUGUCAUGCAGUAGGCCUGACAUAACUUGCUAGAUUCUUUAGAAUCUGUCACCAUAAAUAAAUACAAUGUAUUGAACA